AUGAGAACUGGCGAAACCGUAGAAUCAGAUAAAGGAAGUUUAUCUGAAACAAAUAUGCGUUUAGAUAAUAACGGUCGGCGAUUUCAAUUUAAAAAGAAAUCAGAUGAAGAUAACCAAACUAAACCAGCCUUUAUUAAUGAUAUAAUAAAUGGUAAGGAUAUCACGACACAGUUUUAUUUAGAUAAUAAAACUGUAUCAAAUGAUGGGGCAAAAGACCUACCAUGUGCUAAAUCGCUUCAUAAAGAAUUACAUUAUUUAGACGAUGAAAAAUAUAUAAAUGAAGCGAAUGAAUUUAACAAUAGUUCAUUCAAGGCAACCAAAUUAUCUGAUUUGUCAUUUGUGUCUUAUGUUAUGCGUGAUCGAAAUUACCCGAUUUAUAUAUGUAUGGAACUCGUAGAUAACACACUGCUGUCCAACGUAAAGUGGAUACCUAUACGGAUGUCAAUAGGAAAUACUAAUGAACACAGCCAAUUAUUUGAUACGAUUAGAACCUUACCAAAUUGCACAGUUAACUAUUCGAAAAGAAAAUCCAAUUAA